AUGUCCCCCCCGGUGUCCCCGCGGGAGUUACACUGGUUUGUACUGGUCUGUACUGGUUUUCCCUGGUGCAGGGAGCUGGUGCAGUGUUUCCAGGACAUCUCCGAGGAUCCCUCGUGCCGCGCCGUCGUCAUCUCCGGGGCCGGCAGCGCCUUCACCGCCGGGAUCGACCUGUCGGACCUGGGCUCGCUGCUGGCGCAGCUGCCGCAGGACGACGCGGCGCGCCGGGCCUGGGCGCUGCGCCGGCGCAUCCUGGAGUUCCAGGAGAGCUUCUCCGUCAUGGAGAGGGUGGGCACGGAUGACAAUGACAAUGAUUAUGAUGAUGAUGAUGAUGAUGACAACGAUGAUGAGGAUGACAACGAUGAGGAUGAUGAUGAGGAUGGGAUGACAGUGACAAUGAGGAUGACUAUGACGAUGACAAUGACAAUGAGGGUG